AGUUUAAUACGGCGGUCUGCAUGGGUCGUUCCCAGAGGUCGGGUCAGAUCUUGUUUGUGAUCCGCACUCAUCUGGAAAGCGUCAGCUCACACUCGUGUUACGCAACAGCACUCAGCUUUAUAAACGGCAGCACAGGACAGAGAUCUCCUCCAGAGUGGAUCAUGAAGACCUUUUGCUCAGUUUGGCUGUUUCUGUCUCUGGUCGAGCUCAGUCCGGCCCCGCCCGUCUCUCAGGAGCCUCCGCUCGCGUGCAGGGGACCUGUGGAUCCAGCGCUGCCACAGCCUGAGACGCCGGAGGAAAUGGCCAAUACCACGGGAGAUCUGGAGCCCACACACUACCCGGCGCGGCGGGCGGCUACGGUGGCCCUGCAUUACCUGAACACGCGUCACGGCUCGCCCCACAUGGUGUUCGGACUGCAGCAGGUGCACAAGGCCAGUGCGGAGGAUGUGGCAGCGGGAGGCAGGAACUACAGCCUGGAUUUCUCAGUGACAGCCUCGCCUGGUGGCAGUCCGGGCCCAGCGCUGCGGUGCUCGGCGGACGUGUUGUUCCCCAGGACGGAGCAGCACACUCCUCCUGACGUGCAGCUGCGCUGUGAGGCUCUGCAGGAGAUCAACAGCACAGCGGAGGAUGAAGCUUUCUACCAGAAAUACAUUGCGCCGGACAGCGCCGUCUCCGCGCAGGACUUACCAGACAGCUACGGCAACAUGAGCGAGGAGAUGCAGCCGUUCUGGCGUCUGGGUCGCGUGGCCGCGUCCUUCAUCAUGCUCAGAGAGUCCAGUGAGAACACGGAGCUUAACAUGGUACAGGUGGCCAACGUCACCCAACAGGAGUCGAGCGAGAAGCAGCUGAUGCUGGACUAUGUGGUUCUUCUUCAUGACCUCCCCUCGCAGGAGAUCACUCAGUGGAAGCUGCUGGCGUCCUGGUCUCCAGACAGAGGCGUCAGAGUCCUGCAUACGGAGUGGCAGCCCAGAUGCCCUCACGCCACCAAACCACCCAACUAAAGCUGUGCUCAGUGUGUGCCAGUCAUCAAUAAAGACAGACAAAUAGA